AUGUCUAGACAGUGGUCCCUAGCCAAGAACUGUCACACCGUCCUCUCCGACCUCCAGGAGUCACUUGGAACUAAGAAGAGCACCGCGGAAGAGUUUCCGAUUGGCAAUUCUACUGCUACAAUGAGAACUAGUCUUGCAGGCCCACCAAUUGGCGAUGCCACGAAUGAUGCACGGCCCACAGCAAAGAGACGACGACUGGAUGGUACUUCGUUGCGCGAUUUCUCGAGUUCAGUGGAAGCUCCGGAAGACCCAGCCAAUUGUCCCAAAGAAAAUUUGGUGUCCCAUACCCAAAUUACCACACAGCCAUCAACGACACUACAGCCCACGGCAGUAUGGAGUUCAUGCGACAUGAACCCUAAUGUAACAUCGGAUGCUCGGCUUUCCGCUGGAUUUAAUAGGGGCGAUUCACUGCAGGAAAAUGUUGACUGGCAUUUCAAUCAAGCGAGUGAUGAUGGCACGACAAUGGAUGCCAUGUACGGGCUUAGCAACCUAGGGGGUAUGAGACUAAUGCCUAUGAACAACUUGGAUGGACACGACACCGGUUGGAUGACAGAGUUUGGGUCAAUGGACAACUGGGACAACGGAAUGCCAGAUGUUUUUGCAGGCGCCACGUGGGAAAGCCUGCUGCAUGUGAUAAGCCAGGAUAAUCUUACACGGGGUCAUCACGGUGCUUAG